AGUAAAUCUGAGUUAGUAGUUGCUAAAAAAGGAAUUAAAGUAUGUCUUCGUACAUAGGUUACUCUCAGUGUGGGGACGCAGUUUUAGGGACUUGCUCCUACGAAAUUUUUCCACCCGCCAGCCAGCUGUCUCCAGUUGACGACACUAUCCAACGGAUAAAUCUCUAUCCAAUGGAUACGGUAGUGUUGUGUUCCCUUAAUACUUAUCCACUGAAUAGUGAUUUACCCGGAGGAUACUGCUAUCCAGCUUUUGAAUAACUGGCACCUCAAUUUAGUGAGAAAGAUUACCCGGUUUUUCUAGGCGGCUUCUUACUGAAGACCUUUUUCUAUCUUGCAGAUCUCCAUGGAGGUGAUUAUACCACACCUUCUUUGCGAUAAACAGGCAAACUGAAAGACAAGCACGAUCAUUGUCUACAAGUUUCACAAAUGUAUUAGUUAAAUGUCCUCUUGAAAUUCAGGAAAACAAGUAACGCUAUUACCUGUAGCGCUUAAAAAGCGCACGAGAGUUGAAGCGUCUGUAUUUUUUAUUUCUUUUUACCUGUAUCACCUAGCAAUUGCGAAUAUUUCAAAGGCGGUAGUCAAUGAAAGUAUCAUGUAAAAUAGUCGUUUUAGCAGUAUCGUGAUUCUAAUUACACACGGUUCAGGAGUCCCAUUUUCAACGGUUUUGGUUACUCUCACCAGUCCCUUGAUGAGAACGAACUCUCGUCGAACUCGCGAACUCACGUCCUCAACGGAGCAGGUGAAUAACGCUGUUAUAACAGACACGAUGUCGGUAGUGCUGCUACAGGCCGAAAAACGAUUAAUUGGAGGGCGUCUACUUUCUUUGAACUUAAACCAUUAACCUGUCUUUGUCUUUGUUUCUAUUGAACGCCGUCUUUGUGAAGUGCCUCAAGAUCAAACCGCUACUCUCGCAGUUUUGGGGCCUUUCGCAGCACCGAAAUCGUUGCCACUUCUGAAAGUACAUACAGUUGAUCAAAAGAUGCAAGCUUAACCUCAUUUUCGCCCCAUAAAUUGACAGUGUUUCUGUCUCGGUAUCUAAUUUUAUUGAUUUUUAAUCGAUUAGCCACAAAGCAGCUGUUAGAAGCUUCUUACUUA